AUGCAACACUACGCGUUGUUCCUACAAGGAUUUAUUUACGACAUUAAAUACAAAAAAUCAGAGCAUCAUGCAAACGUGGAUUGUUUGUCCCGACUCCCGAUCCGAGCUGGCGAACAAUUAGAAAUUGAUGUAAUAGAUAGUUUCCAGGAUAAUGUACUUCAAACACUACCGACAACCGCAAAGAAUCUGGCGGACGCGACGGAUAAAGAUAAUACGUUAAGAGAACUUAAAACAGCCCUGGAGAGAGGCAAAGGAGUAACUGCAAACAGACGUUUUCAAAUUCCAAUGUCGGAAUUUACCUUACAUACGGGCGUAAUUAUGCGGGGACACCGAGUUGUGGUGCCACAGACGGAACGACGCCAGAUUCUGAACGAGUUGCAUAUCGGACAUUUCGAGGUUGUGAAAAUGAAAGGUCUUGCGAGAAGGCAUUGUUGGUGGCCCGGAAUCGACCAGGACAUCGAGCGUUUAGUAGCUAGUUGCGAAGAAUGUACCAAAACGCGAAACAACCCACCAAAAGUCGAAAACCACGUCUGGGAACCGGCAACAUAUCCAUUCGAAAGAGUACACUUGGAUUUUGCUGGGCCAUUCAUGGGUAAACAAUUCCUAGUAAUGGUGAACGCGUACACGAAGUGGCCGAAAAAUGGCAUUAUUUCAAAAAUGACAGCACCGUACAAUCCGUCAACUAACGGACAAGCUGAAAGAUUCGUCCAAACCUUGAAGAAAGCAUUACGUAAUGCAAACGCAAACCACGCGGACUUGGAUGCCGCGUUACAAAGAAUACUCUUACAAUACCGAGUUAUGCCACACAGUGGAACGAACGUGUCACCAUCUCAGUUAAUGUUCAAUCGCCAAAUAAAAACAAGAUUGGAUUUCAUACAUCCAAGCGAACAGCCGAAAAUUUUUGUAAAUGCGAAUUGUGGUAGGAUAGUGAAAAGACAUAUCGACCAAAUCCGUAAGACGGAAAGAGCUCGGGUAAAUAGCGAGCCAAAUCUCGAUGAAUCGAGACCACCCGACGAAAAUGCCACAAUACCAAAUGUACGAGAAACAAGACAGCCGACAAAUGACCCUGAACCGCAAGCGGAGCCAGAUCUCUUUUUGCCACCGAACGGCACUCCUAGGCGUUCAGCGAGGGAAAGGAGAGAACCAGAGCGAUGGGGUUAUGCAGUCAAAUAG